AUGAUCCGCAUUACGCAUGUUGCAGACAUAUGCAGCAGUGUAGUUCAAAAGGAUGGCACUGUUAUGCCCCUUUCGAGCGCAGAUCCAUCACAAAUCGAAUCAGUCAAGAACAAUUGGCCACUCGUGGGACAACGCGUGAUGAUUGAACCAAAUGCUGGGAAAGGCUGUGGUGAUAGGGGUUAA